AACACAUCUAAUUUUCAGGGACAUGCCAAGCAGUUCUCCCAUAAUAAAGAUCGAAAAUAGCUAACUAGGUGCUUCACAACCGUGGACAUUCGUUGUGUUAUUAUAAUGGUGACAUUCCUGUCAAUAUUAUAGCUGUUAUUUCUUUCAGUUGAUGAGAGUGGACAAUUUUUGACGAUCAUCAUGCCACAAAGUGUAGGGUCUUCAUCUAGGCUCUCAGGUAGCUCCCGUUCACGUCGCUAUCGCACCCGUGCCCUCACCUCUCAUGUGGAUGAGAGCCUCUUUGGAACCCCAAAACAGGCGCUGUCAGCCUGCGAUGUCAAGGACACUGAGAGGGGUGGCAGGUCCGGACCCAGGGGCCAGUCCAUGUCUGCUCCAAGUCAGAAGACUCAGAAACCAGAGACAGUUCGCAUCAUCACAAAGGACCUCAUCCGAGACCUGAAGAUCCCAAGAAAGGAUCCGUCUGGGCUGUCUGUCAUCCUCCGCCCAACUGAGAUCGAGCGGAUCAGAAGAGCUUCUCAGGUUUCAACCAAGGAGGAGCUGGAGGCCACGCUGGAAGCCCAGAGGAGGGAGAGAGAAGCAGCUAUGGAUGCUGCUGAGGAUCGGAAGGCCCAUAUCCGCCAGGCUGACCUGUCUCGUCAGAAGAACCAGGACCUAAGUGAGCUGGAGGCCGAGGCCAAGGAAAGAGCUCAGUACCUGCUGGAGAGGGCCAACGCCAUGAGGAUGGAGCAGGAGGACGAGGUCAAGAAACUCAAUGAGUUGAUCCUGGGUGCCCAGUGCCACGCGGUGAGGGAUGCCCAGAUCAUAGAGAGGCAGCAGAUCCUGGCUGAGCUGCAGGAGGAGGAGAGGCGACUGGAUGCCAUGAUGGAGGUGGACCGCAGGAGAGCCCUGGAAGCCCAGGAGCAGGUCGACGAGCUGCGCAAACACCAGAGGAUCCAGGGAAAGCAGCUGAUUAUAAACCAGAUUGAGGAGCGUCUGGAGGACAGGAUGCUGCAGAAUGAGAUGAAGGAGCAGGAGGGCCAGCAGAUGCUGGAGAACCUGGAGAGGAUGCAGAUGGAGGAGCUGGAGGCUCUGGAGAGGAAGAAGGAGGAGCAGCAGCGUCUGCAGCAGGAGAUCCUUCGUAUCAACGAUGAAAGCCUGCUGGCCAAGGAGCGCAAGAAAGAGGAGGAGAGACUGGCCGACCUCAGGGCCAUGGAGUACACCCACAAGAAAAUGGAGCGGGAGGCUGAGUACGAGGCUGAACAGAGACGCAUCAAGAGUGAGAAGGAGAAGGAGGUGGCCAGACUGCGAGCCCUACAGGAGAGAGACAAAGACCACAAGGCAGAGCAGGAUGAGCUUCGAGCCAGGAGGAACCAGGAGGGAGCGGCGAGGGAUUGGAGGAGAAAAGAGAAGGAGCACCUCAAGAAGAAGGUGGAUGUUGAGGAGAGGUUGAAGGCAGCUCGCUUGGAGCAGGUCACACACAAGGAGCACCUCCUGUCCAUCGAGGCUGGGCGAGAGAGGGCUGAGUUUGAGAGGGUGUUGAGGGCCCAGCAGGCAUCCAUCUGUAAGGAGAAGGACAAGGAGGAGAAACACAGGAUCAAGAUGUUGCGUCACGCGGACGGGGUGCGCCAGCAGGUAAGGGAGCGGGAGAUGCAGGCCAUCGCCCUGCGCAGGGAGGUCUACAAAGAGGGAGACCGGCUGGACAAGGAGGCCCGCCAUCGUCGCAUCCGCCUUGACGAGAUCAAGGAGAAGAAGCUCAGGGAGCUCAAGGCUGCUGGACUUCCAGAGAAGUAUUGCCAUGAAGUGGAGAGAAGGGUCCAUGCUCUCCCUGACUAGCAUGACUGACAGACUGCAUCACAAACCCUGAUACUAAUGAAAUACUUUUUGACAGGGUAGAAAGAAGAAAAUGAAUUGUUACAGGGUAGAAAUCUAGUGUAGCACAUUUGUAUUAGUGAUCAUUAGGUAAUUUCUGAAUAAAGAGGACUAUACAUUACA